AUGAAGAUCUCAAUGCAAACAUCCGCGCUUUCCUUCCUUCUCCUAGCGUCGUCUUCGCAGGCCUUUGCUCCAUCAAGCGGAACAUUCAGAACACAAAGACUUGCUGUUGAAAGACCUGCGUCUGCCAUGCCAUCAUCAGCAUCAGUCCUACUUGCCACUUCUGAUUCUGCCCUUCCUGAUCCAACUCAAAGUAACAGCAGUGAAGCAGAUGAAGUGCAGCGUCUUCGCACCAUGGCACAGCAGCUCAGAGAAGAAGCGGCUGCGCUGGCUGCUGAACAAGCACACAAAGUAUCCGAUGCUGCCAUGAAGGCAUUUGCCAAAUUCGAUCUCAACCACGAUGGUACCGUCAGCGUAGACGAGCUCAAGGUGGGACUUGAAAAGGCCACAAAAAACGAGAUUCCUCAAAACCGUAUCGAAAAGCUGUUGCAAAGGUUUGAUGCCAAUGGUGAUGGGGUCCUGCAAAUGGAAGAGUUUGCUUCAGUUGACAGACUCAAGAAUCAACUCGAUUUCAUUGUACGAGAAGAAAAGGUAGUCGCCUUGGAAGAAGCCAAGAUGGCCAAGAAAAAGGAGAGCGAGAAAGAAAUUCAAGAGAUGCGCAUGGCUCUAAUCAACGACGGUGAACCGACUACUUCGGACAAGGUUGUAUCCGUGCUUCCCUACCUCUUUCCCCUGCUUGAUUCUCUACAGUAUGCAGGGCCCUGGGUCACUAGUCACCCAGACAAUGUCUUCGCGCAAGUCGCUGCCGUGGUCUUUACAUUGUACAGAAGCAUUCCUUUGUCUGGACUUUUGGCCUUUUUCGCACUCUCCACCCUUUCGAGCAACCUAUCUUUUAACCGCCUGGUGCGCUUCAACAUGCAACAAGCUAUUUAUUUGGAUUUUGCAUUGUUCGUUCCUGGAUUGAUGGCAGCCCUAUUGGGCGCAGUGGGAUCUGGUCUUGGUCUGCCCGCAACUGGAGUUGUGACGGAAUACUUGAGUGAUGCGGUGGUAUUGAGCACCCUGGCGACCAUUGCCUAUGCUUCUGCCACAUCCUUGCUUGGCAAGACUCCUGAUCAAAUUCCAUUUGUAUCAGAUGCCGCAAACCGUCGAAUGGUCACACCAGACAUGUUUGACGAAGAAGGCAAAUUUAUCGGACCAUCUCGAGGGGUGGAAGACGACGAGGUAAACAAAGAAGACUAA